CUCGGGGAUCACUCAGUCACACCGCGACGGUUUUCCCGGUGGGAUCCACAUCAACCCCCAAUCAAUAUCUAUAAAAAAAAAUAUCAAAUCAAUCUUAAUUAAGUUUAUAACAAGUUGAUAUUUUCUUCACAACAAUUCUAACUAACAAGUUGUCUAUUUUAAUAUUUAUCACAACCCAAAUGGCAAACCGUGAAAGAGUGAUCGGACAAUUUACCGCGAAAAAAAAAUUAUCUUACUGAUAAAUUACCGGUAAUUAUGGAUUUGCCACUCCAAUUGUUGUCAGUGUUAUCGUUAGUAUUACGCGAGUAAUAAAUAAAGUAAAGCUGGAAGUCUCGAUAAGUCAUCCGUGUCAUCCGGGAAAAAAUGGCGAGACAACAGACGACGGAUCGAAAUAUCCCUCACCUGAGGGACAUCUUUGGUUUCGCCAACAAAUGGGAAACCGACCGGGGGCAAUUGGACGAGAAAUUGACGGGCAACGACAGUGCGGUGUCGGUCGGCUCAACGUCGGGGGAAGAGGAGAGCCCGAGGAACAGCAAGAAGAAGAAAUCACGUCGUCAGGACAACAGCAAAACUCUAACCGAGAGCGACGUAAAGCAUUUAGAGCGGCACCUGUCGAUGAAGAAGACUAUCCGGAAGAAAAUAAUGCGUGAUCUCCUGCAGACAUUUGUUGAUCCAAAUGAAUUUAGAGUUGAUGAUAUACCACCGGAACAGCUAAAAGCAGAAAUAAGUAUUCAAAGUUUAAGCUUUGGUACACCAUCCCAGAAGCAGGGACGAACCAGAGGAAACGCUGAGAGCACUUUCCUCGAUGUCUUGAGAGCUGGUGGUGGUUUUGAUAAAGCUGGGCACGAUGGAGAUCGGGAUUCAGGACAUGGGGGAUCUCCAACUCGAGAGUCAGUCAGUGUUAACGAUACGGACGACGAGUCGAGUUACCCUUACGAUACGCCAACCACAACACCUGUUAAGAAAAGUGGCAAUUUUUGGAGGCGAUUCACCAUGAAAAACCGCAAUAAGCGGUAAGCCUUCGUUCGUUUAUUAAGGCAGAAAAGAAUUUUAUAGCAAAACAACUGUGGAGUCAGCCCCCGAGGCACUGUUACUUAUUUCCUCGUUGCUAACUUCUUUUUUCCCUUUUUUUCCUCCUGUUUGCAAAUGACUUUUUCGUACUUGUUCUGGAGCAGAGCUUACGACUGUGAUAUACGUAAAUGAAAACCGAUGUUCCCAUAUUCCACAAUUAUUACAAAUAUCUGUAAUCUAGUUCAUUUCUGAACGGGCACAAUUUUUUUCCUCAAUUAAUGCAGUGAAUUAAUGAUGAAGAUCGACAAUAUUUUUGGAAUAUUUUUUUCUGGCGAUUUUUUUCUAUUAAUUGUAUAUAACGCACGGAAACCGACAGUUCUUCCUUAUUAUUUGAGGAAACCAGAAGGAAGAAUUUGCCCAUUACUUUGAAUUAUGAGUAAUUGGUUAGUUAAAUAGUUCUUCAGUUUUUUAGAUACCUGAAAACAAAAAGGCUGACUUUCGCCGAGUACCGACAACAAUAAAUUUCUCCUUUUCUCAAAUAUUCGACAAUAAUAUUCCGUGGAUAUACGCCACAUUAUCACUGUUAUGAAUGCGUGCUUGUCUUCAAAUUGGAGUUUAUCUUAAUUAAAGAAAGGAGUACUUACGUAAUUAGUAUUAGCUAGUCAAUGUACUGUGGUUUGAGGGAAAAAAAUACACGGAUUUGACUGUUUGGGGUUCGAAGUUGAGUGGAAUACAAAAAAAAAAAAACAACAAUCACAAGCCAUUAUUUAUUAAACAUUACCUUGAAAAUUUGAUAGCAAAAAUUAAUUCAGAUUCAACCCGAUAUUAAAAAUCUAUCAAUUGAUAAAUAUUUAAUUAAUGGACUUUUUUAUUACUGAUUGAAAAUGCAACGGACAAUUUACCUGACAUAUCAUCACGUCAUUUAAUUUACUAGACCGAUGAGGUUGUUAGAUUAAUAUUCAUUUGAUAUUUAAAAUUGAUCUCUGAAAAAAUAAUGACCAAUUCAGGGAAGAGUCAAAUGAGAAAAUUAAGGGGAGGUCUUAUCACUGGAAUAUUUAUUGAUCGAUAGAAGGCAGUAUAAAAAAUGGUGGAAGGUCGACGAACCGAGAAGAUGAAUCCAAUAAAGUGAAUGGGAACUCAAAGGAAAUAAUGGCUGAAUUAAAAAUUCAGGUCACAGAUAGUUCCCAUGUUCUUAAAAAUAAAUUGUUCAGUGACAUUAAAUCAGAUAAUUAUUGUGGGGUCAAUUAAAAACUGAAAGGCAAAUUUCCGUCUGCAUUCCACUUAACUGGAGAUUUACAAGAAGUUCAGUGGUGAAAUGUUAAAAGAAGAAAUGUUGACAUUUCUUCGCUGCUGACACUCUUUUUUUUUAAACUAGGCCCUUCUCCACGUUCUACUCAGACAAUAUCGUAUUUGUGUCUUCAUAGAUAUCCCUGCAUUCAUAAUCAAUUGUAUUUAAGAGUUUGUACUCGUACCAUUGAUCAAGAGCUACACUUUUACAUUGUGUUAUUGAUGUAUAUUUGCAUAGUGUAAGGCUUGAAUAAAAAUAAUUUUAAAUGAAAUGAAGAUCAA